AGCAGCACACUCUCACUUCAGCUUUGCACAGGAUGUUAUGAAAUCAGCACUGUUGCUGAAACUUAGUGAAGGUCGCUGGGAGUCCUCUCUCUCACCCACACCCACACACACACACACACACACACUCACCUGGCACUUACACACUCACACACACAUCCUCGUGCAGGGAGCUGAAGCUCGGCUCAGUCCCAGUCCUCUCCUACUCAAGCGAGGAGCCUGCCGGUGAUCGGACUGUCGCCUGAAGCGAAGAGGCCGAGCCGGAGUUGAUUCAAUUUUACAGCCCAGUCAACCUCUCUGAAGCUCCGAUUAGUCAGCCAAGGGAGACGAGAAGGGGGGAGAGAAGAAGAAGGAGGAUAGUGAUGGCUAUGACCGACAUUACAGAGGAUGACCUGGAUGAGAUGAUGCGUGAAGAAGCGGAGGAUGUCUUCUACGAGGACGGAGUGUCAUCACGCGUCCCAGAGAUCAUGGCGGCAGGUACCCACUCCCCUGGGGGGCCCAACGGCAUAAUCCGGAGUCAGUCCUUCGCCGGCUUCAGCACGCUACAGGAAAGACGCUCACGGUGUAACUCUUUCAUGGGGAACACGGCGGUGCAGAAGAAGCCUCAGUCCAAGCCCAAGAAGCCCCACCUGUCGGGUCACAAGGGAGGCAGCAGCUCCAGAGAGCCGCAGCCUAAAAGAUUGGAGGAGGUUUACACUGCACUCAAACAAGGCCUGGAUGAGUAUCUAGAAGUUCAUCAAACAGAACUGGACAAACUCAUGUCUCUGAUGAAGGACAUGAAGAGGAACUCUCGCCUGGGAGUUCUGUACGAUCUUGACAAGCAAAUCAAAACCAUUGAGAGAUACAUGAGACGUCUGGAGUUUCACAUGAGCAAGGUGGACGAGCUCUAUGAGGCGUUCUGCAUCCAGAGCCGUCUGAGGGAAGGUGCCAGCCGGAUGAAGCAGGCUUUCUCCUCAUCUCCCUCCACUAAAGGCACUAAGGAGAGCAUCGCAGAGGUCAACCGCCGGUACAAAGAAUACACUGAGAACAUGAGCACGUUUGAGAGCGAACUGGAGAACCUGCUCGGGGAGUUUCAUAUCAAAAUGAAAGGUUUGGCCGGCUUUGCCAGGCUCUGUCCUGGAGACCAAUAUGAGAUCUUCAUGCGGUACGGUCGCCAGAGGUGGAAGUUAAAGGGGAGGAUUGAAGUUAACUCCAGACAGACUUGGGAUGGAGACGAGAUGGUCUUCAUGCCUCUCAUCACUGACCUUAUCAACAUCAAGGUGACAGAGCUGAAGGGCUUGGCCACUCACAUGCUGGUGGGCAGCGUGAUCUGCGAGACCAAGGAGCUGUUCACUGCCAUGCCUCAGGUGGUGGCUGUGGACGUCAAUGACCUGGGAACUAUUAAACUCAACCUGGAGGUCACGUGGUACCCCUUCGAUGUCGAGGACCUGACUCUGUCAUCUGGCAACGUGAGCAAAGCCACAGCACUCCAGAGACGAGUAUCAGUCUACAGCCAGGGCACGCCGGAGACCCCCACCUUCCAGGACACCUCCUUCUUUUCCACUUUACCAGAUGAUGUCUUUGAAAAUGGCGGCUGCGGUGUGGCUGAGUGCAAGCGUCUCUCUUUCACCUUCUCCGACACCUCUGGCUCCACGCCCAGCCCCAGCCCUGCACCAAGCUCCCACUCCACAGGCCAGUCCAACCCUGAGAUCACCGUCACUCCGCCAGAAAUAGACCCGUCACCUUCACAAAUCCUCCCAACAAGAGGUGACUCCAUCGCAGAGGAGCAUUUAGAGGAGGAAGAGGAGGAGGAGUACGAAGAAGAUGGGGAGACGGGUAGUAGAGGGAGCAGGGCUAGCGGGACCAGCGCCAGCCUCGCCAGUGACGAAGCGGAGGUGGCAGAGGAUUCAGAGUGGGAGCGCACAGAGUCCCAGCGAAACUCAGGUUCCAACUGUGGCUCGGCUGCUCCGUCGUUGUGUUCUGACGGCCACCUGUCUACAGUGGCCCCAGAGGAUGUUUUCUUGGACCACACCGACGAACUGAAACCUGUGGAGCUGGACACAGAGGAGGGAGGCAGCCUGACGAGGCAGCUUGUGAAGAGGCUGACUUCUUCAGACAUUGUGCCACUGAGUGGAAGCUCCAUGGAGGGUGGAGGAAGCCUGAGCUGGGCAGGAGAGGGAAGCAGGGCCUUCUUGGAGAGCAGCCUGGAGGAGGCCAUCCACAGUCUGCUGAUGAGGCUGGAGUCACUGACUCACCGCUGCAGAGAGCUGCAGGACCUGGAGCAGGAAGUGAUGCGCCUGGAGGACCUACUGAAGUGUCGUCUCCCGGGUCACAGGAGCCGGUCAUCCAGCCUCAGUCUGACAGUGGAGAGCGCCCUGGAGAGCUUUGACUUCCUCAACACCUCUGACUUUGACGAUGAGGAUACAGGAGACGAUAACACUGUCCUCAGCAUUCCCCCACAGAGGUCUCCGCUUUUUGAUGCAGACGGAGAGAGGAUCGGUGGCCAGCAUCCAGAGGCCAGAGGACACCUGAGCGAGGCCUUAACAGAGGACACCGGGGUGGGCAACAGCGUGGCGGGAAGCCCCCUGCCGCUCACCACCGGAAACGAGAACCUGGACGUGGCUAUCGUCAUCCACCUGCAGUACUGUAAUCACCUCAUACAGUUGUUGAGCGGGGUGGGUGUGUGGCAGCGUCGCAGUCUGCUCCUCAAACUGUCAGGUCAGACUCAGCUGUUAGAAGAGCUAGCAGAGAUCAGCGUUGACAGACUCGGAGCAAUUACAUCUGCUGCUGAUGUUCUCCCGGGACUCGCAGAGCGCCCUGAGUUGAUGACUCUGUGGUCAGAGUGCAGUGGGUCUGCAGGGCUUUUCCACACCACACUGGACAGAGUGUUUAAACACAUGAACCAGCGCUACACAGCAGUGCUGCAGGAGAGAAACCCACACAGUGCUGACACAGUGAUCAGUACAGUCGUGGGCGAGAUGGUGGACAGGAGCGACCUGGUAGCUUCACACAAUCCUCUGGCCUCUGCGCUCUCCCAGGACGUCCUGACCGUGUUUCAGUUCUACGGCUACAUCUUACAACAUGAAGUACAAGACAUGGAGACACACCUGCUGCACCUGGACAGGGAGGAGGUGUUUGCAGAGGGCUUGUGCAGUGGGGAUUAUUCUCGGUGUCUAGCAGAGCUGGAGGAGGUGCCCCUGUCAUCCCUGUGGCCUAAAAACAGCACCCUGAGGGCUCUGGCCUCCCUACUCACUGCAGAGGAUCCUCAGGUCAACAAGGCAGCAGCUGACUACCUCUCCUCUGCAGCAUCACACAGCCACUUCAAGACCAGGGCAGUGGAGUGCUACACCCAGGCGCUGUCAGAGGCCGGAGUUCAGAGCCAAAGGGCAGCGUGUUCAGCUCUCAGCUGUCUGCAGGCCGUAGAGAGUAUCAGAGCGGUGGUAGCACUGUGUGAUUCAGCUGAUGAGGAGCUACGCCACGUCGCCAUAGAAACCCUGCUCACAUUUGGUGAGGAGGGGCGGCUGGCGUACGAGCAGCUGGACACGGUGCCGGGAGAAAUGAUCCGUUUGGGCACGCGGCGAGGCAACGCCGUCACCACUGCCUUCUGAGCCAUCGUGCCACUGAAAAACAUCCCAGACGACCAUCCCAGCCCAGCACUGUCCCUCAUCUUAACCCCACCCUGCACACCUCACAGGGCUGCUAAUGACUUGAUCAGUUUAUGGAUCUGCUUAUUGUUUAAAGGAUGUUGGCACAAACUUAAAGAUCACCGUCACCACUUUUGAUAACUGUUCUUACUGACACUGCCUCCUAAAAGGAACUAACACCAAACAAACUGUCUUAAACAUGAAGACACACAACCUAUACCCCUCCUGCACACACACACACAUAUACACACAUAAACACACACACACACCUCACCCUUUCCUCCCCCUGCUUUCUGAGCCAGACAGACUGGUCAUGUUGGGUUUAACUGGAGAAUUUUGAGUGGACACGACGUCGCUGAAAGCUGCUCCAAAGACUUGCAGAAAGUAAAAUUUGAGCAAUGCAUCUUCACCACUUCACACAAGCACAAAAUACUUGUACCACUUAUUCACUGAUCAAUUAUCAUCUUGAUUGUGACAGAGUCAGUCAUUUCACGCAAUAUCCUAAUUAUAAUAUUUGUAUAAUCACUGUUUAUCUCAUGUUUUAGUUUGUGGUUUUUGCAUUAAGGUGCAUAGAAGAUGUUUUCUGGCGCUUUUUUGGAGAAUUUGCACUGUUGUAAGGCAUGUAAAUAUGGCAUAUUUUACACGGCCGGUGUAACGUAUGUGGUUGUAUUCGAAAUGUAUAUUUAAGUUCUGUUUUCUAGUACUUUCCAUUUUUUGGGUUUCAGGGAUUCUUGUAUGGUUGAAAGGUGUGUGUGUGUGUGUGUUGCGGCAGGACGUUGAGAAUGGCCUCUGAGAGAAAGUGAGGUUAAAUGGUUAAAGAGCCCGAGUUUAACAGCAGUUUACAGUUCUCAACAGAUUUAGACCUCAGUUAUCAGUGGAGGAAAAGAACAAACGAGACUCACUUAGCAGUUUUCUUAUACUUGCAGUUUAACAAAGUGCAAUUUUUUCUGUACAUAUGUGACUCUUUUGCAUCUAUCCGACAUGACAGAUUUGACCAUUUGAGCCUUGAUAUGGUCGAGCAGGCGGGUCGAUACACUCUUUUGUAAAUUUUUUUUUUUUUUUCCUACCAGGUACGGAGCCAGUCGAGGGCAAUAAAUUCGGUUUAGAAUCGCGUGAGAAUGCACUUUCUCAAUAUAUCUGUACAGAGAGGAGGUUCCUUUAGGCUGAGGAGAGGUGUAGCCUGCACAUUCAUAGUGAGCUCAUAGCAGAAUUAGAAUUGAAGCGUUUAUCGUGAGAAGCGGCAGAGUGAAGUGUUCUGUUUUCUUCGGGUCUUCUCUGUUUGGGGAAAACUGACCCGAGGUUAAGCGUCUUAAUUCCAACCUGUCUCAUCGUAACUGUACUACUGAGUCCGGUGCUAGUGCACGACAACAAAACUCACAUUUGUUCACACACCUUAUUUAUUAUUCACUCCUUGUAAUUCUAAUAUUCUCUGGAGUUAAACUGUAAUAGUGCAGAUGACAUUGUUAUGUAAAUGAAUUGUAUAUUUAUGUUCUAUUUUUGAUCAGGUCUAGUAUUUGAAAUAUUGUUUAUCGUUUAAAAAGGCCUCUAUGUUAUUGCCAUGCUUAACUUUAAUUGGAGUUUAUUUUGGAUGAAUUAAAGUAGAUUAAUUAUUAUUUUGGAGAAGAUUAAGAUUUGCUGAUAGUCUAAUAGUAUUAUAGAUUUCUUUUCCCUAAAAAGGUCCCAAACAUAAUGGGACAUUAUAUAUUAGAAAUGUUACUUUAUUACUUGAGACUUAUUGUAACCAAAGGAAGAAUUAAUUCUUAAAAUUGUCUUUUAAUAAGAGCUCAUAAUUCAUCAAGGAGAAUGUAUUUUCAAUACAACAUUUGCAUUUUGGCCAGACUUACCUUUAGAAGCACAACUUAAAAAUAAGACAAAUCCAUAAUAUAUGAAUCUUGUUACAUUUGGUUCUAACCGCACAGUCAAAAUAAAGCCAUAUUAAUUAAAAACAAGUGGUAAUAUUUUUAUGAAAUGUAUUUUUUUCUUUUGUAUUAUAAUCUGUAAAUGUGUGAAGUUGUUACUAAAAGCUAAAGAUGGUGUUUUUUUUUCUAUACAGCUUUUUGCAAAACAUGGUCCAUAUUUUAAGUAAGUUACUUUUAUUUCUUCCAUGAUGUGAAUAGCAUUACAGUAUUUUUGGUAGAGUAUCCAAUUUAUCAUUCAGUGUCUGUUCAUUACUUUUGAGUGAGCUACUUUCUUUUUACAAACUUGCAGUUGACCAGUGUUAUAAGUUGAUUUGUUGGCUGUUCAAUUCCUAAUCACCACAAAAAGCACAAGUUGUCAAAAUGUGCACAUCUUUAAUUAUUUAGAGACUGGUUUUAAGAAUAACUUGGUACAAUUUGCUGAAAUUGAACUUUAUUCAUAUCUGUGGUCGAGAGCUUCAGUACUGAUCCAUUUAAGUUGCAUACUACUCUUCUCCAUUGUGGUUAGCAGUAUUUCCUCUGCUCAUCAAACGUUGCAAUAAAGUUUAUUUUUGCAUAAUUAAAAUUACAAAGUUGUGAGGCUUUUCUUUUUUUACAGUCUUCAGUCAGUGUCAAGACCAGUGGUUGUCAUUUGUGAGCAGUGACUUUGUGGAUUUGAUUUACAUUUGAAUAUUCAGGGGACAAAAGAUUGUCACACAUAGUACAUUAACAGUACAGACAAGAGUAACAUCCUUGUUAACAUGCAGGUUAAUUGAUCACAUUAUGAAUUAAAAACUUAUCUGCCUGCUUCUGACUUUUAAAUACACAAUGAAAAAGUUUCAUAUAUUUACCUUCUUUGAUGUUCUGGACACUGACGAAGACUCUUUACCACCCUCCAGUGAUUAAAUUUAUACUGCAUCAGUGUUCUCACAGACUUUGUGGUACGUUUCCAAGUGUGUUAGGGCUUCAAGAAUCACAUAUUGAACUUAAAUUUUGUGUCAAGAUGGUAUAUUUCCAAAUUACAAAGGUUAAACAAAAGAAACAAUUUCACUGAAUAAAACCAUUGGUGGCGUUCAUCCACCAAGGCUGCACAAUACCCCAUUUUUAACAGUAGAAAGAUAAAUUAAAAACUGUUGGCUGGUAAAUGAAAACAGAAAAAUCUUAACCUAUAAAGCCAACUGACUGAGGUUAACCAAAAAGUAUUUGGAUAAUUGUAAUGGUGGUUUAAAAUAUGUAAUUUGAUAUUUUACUUUUCUAGUAACCGUUUACCACAUUAUGUUUCAGGGCUCCUGGCCAUGUCAGCAAGAUAUUCUGACAUGGCAAUUAUAGUAUUUCAAGCAAUAAAAGAAGCUGUAUGAAAACGCCUCAAUGCUUGCGUCUUUUCCGUGACUUAAUAGCAGGUUACACCUGCCAGGUUUAAGGUUGCAACUAGUGGUUAUUUUCAAUUAAACUGUCAAUUAUUUUCUUGACAGCCCAGAGAUAAUCAGUAAUCAGAAAAGACUAAAGAAACCAGAAAAUAUUCACAUUUGAGCAGCUGGAAAUCAGAAUUUUUACAUUUGAGAUAAAAUAACUGGUGGUUGUUUAUUGACUAAUCAACUAGUUGUUGCAUCUCUAGCCAGGUUUGUUUACUAAAAGCAGACUUAGAGUUGCUGCUUAUGCAGUCUUUUCCAUAAUCACCAGCACCUGGAAGCCAUUUUCAGAAUCAAGUCUGCAUGCCAGACAAAGCCAGUUUGUCAAACAAACAGACUCCCAUUCAAGAUUCAUAUACCUAAAUCUAAUUUAUAUAUGAAACCUAAACAUAAGUCAAGAUUUUUUUUU